AUGAGGUAUGCCGAUUCUAAGAAGGGUACAGUGCCCACGGAGGGCGAAUUCAGAAAACUGUCUUCAAGGAAUGAGGAAUUGGCUAAACAAGAAGCAACUCUGAAGAAGGAGUAUACCACGUUACUGAGGAAAAUAUCCAGUCUAUCGACGGUGGUAAUGCAACUCGAAGAACGCCAGCAUGCGAGUGAUGAGACCGUUGAUCACGUUUCAGUUAUCGGGCAAGAGACGCUGGAAAGAGUACCUGAUUUAAAAUGGUACAAUGAACAGAUAGCAAUCAUAGAGGAGGUGGCCAAGGACAGUGCGACGUUUGUUGUGCCCGAUGAACUGACUGAGAGCUAUAAAUUAUAUAGAGAUACGCCGCUGCUACAUAGGGAUGCCCAAUAG